GCGGUCAACGUGGUUCCAUGACGGAAGAGAAACAAUGGGAAAAUAAAAAUAAAAAUGCUUCAUUUGUUUCAGUUGUAACUUGAGAGAAAUGAUUUUACCACUUGAAUCACUGUGAACAUGUUACUGCUCAACUAGUUUAAUUACAUGUAGUUCACUGAUGAUGAUGAUGAUGAUGAUGAUGAUGAUGAUGAUGAUGAUGUAGCAGCCUAUUUAAACCGUCUCUGUUCUGUUGCACGGAAGCAGGUGACAGUUGAUGUUUCUUACGUGACGGUGCGCGUGUUUCCGUGCGUGACAUCAGCUGCAGCCUGGGAACACUGCAUGCGCUCUGUUGUCACCAGCACGUAGUCCUCUGCAGGGGGCGGGAGUCUCUCUAUACAAGCGGCCGCGCACCGGGACUCCCGUGUAGUGCUCCACAUACACACACACACACACACACACACACACACACACACACACACACACACACAGGCACGCAGGCCGCCUGGCUGCCGGGCAGAAAUGUCCCGCUCACCGCCCCACACCGGGGGAGAGUCGCCCUCCUCCCGGGGGCAAUCCGUGGAGAACGGCCUGGAGGUGGAGGAGGAGGAGGAAGGAGAUCUGGACGACGAGGCGGACGCUUCCCGCCUGGAGAGGUUCAUGAGAGACCGGAGGAGAGCGCAGUCCCUGCCCGCUUACCCGGCCGCGCUCCUGGACGGUGUCCCCGGGAGCAACGAGAGGAAGCGGGUGAAGUUCGCCGACUCCAUGGGCCUGAACCUGGCCAGUGUGAAGCACUUCAGCUCGCUGGAGGAGCCGCAGAUCCCGAGCAAAGUUCUGUCCAGGCACAAGAGCUUCCCGCCACAGCAGCAGCAGGAUCUACUGAACGACCUGUGCCAAAGCUUCAAGUCCAACCUGGACACGGACCGUCUGUUCGCGUGCUUCCCGGAGCCCCGGGACACGGAGCGCAGGGUCCGGCUGCUCCGUGUCUGCCUGGAGAAGGUCACCAUCACCCAGUUUGACCUGCGGGGGCAGAUCCGGGUCUUAACCGGCUGCACAGACAAGGAGGUCGGGGUGAGGUACACCUUCAACGACUGGUUGUCCCACGUGGACGCGCAGGCUCUGAACGUGGCCGCGGAUCAGCCGCAAUUUGUGGGUGAGCGGUUCAACUUCACCGUGUACACACCGCCCUUCAUGGACACCAGCUCGGCCGUGCACUUCGCCGUGUACCUGAGGAAUGAGGAGGGGGAGUUCUGGGACAACAACGAGGGGCAGAACUACACCCUCAGGUACCACUGCAUGCCCAGCACCGCGCCCUUCGUCAGCGCCGCUUUCCACGCCACCUGACCGGCUCUGCGUUGUGCGUAAAAAGCUCUCCAUCCGUGCGUAAAAAGUUCUCCAUCUGUGCGUAAAACGCUCUACAUCCGCUCCGAGUGCUGAAAGAAACGCAGUGACAUGCAGCUGCUGCAUCUGGUGAAUGAACACAUCUGUGUGGUGAGUUCAGGGGACUACCUGUCCCAGAUGUUGCCUCCAUCACCUGUUUCUUUGACUUCUAAAUGAUUUCGCGCCUUUUUCUAACCUAAAUCUGUCUCCAUCUCAUCACAAACCUCUGACCGGAGCUCCACGUGUUUCUGAAGGACAACAACACAAGUCACAUUAUUGAUGUUUUUUUCUGAACCUCCAAUCGGAUCAAACGGACUCUCUCAUGACCCGUUAGUGACGUCAGCCUCCUGGAUGUUCUGAGCUUUAAUGGACAACGAUUACAAUCAGUAACACAAGUGUCUGUCUCACUGCUGCUUUAUCUGUUAUAAGAGGAUGUGUAUUCUUUUCAAAAUAAAAGCUGUGCAUGGCAAAUGGUCUGAUGUUUACUGGCUGCUCCAGGUGAGCGGCAGGUGCAGCUGUCACGUCUCUUUGUGCAGCCUUGUAGUGAAAAAUGACGUCACCCGUGUUGAUGGUGCGUUUAAUAAGAAUCAGGAAUGUUAGCAGUGGGCGUGUCCUACGUCACUCAGGUGCGCUGCUCUGCCACACACAGGGCGGGAGUUUGUCAAACAAUAAAUUCUGAUCAAACGAA